CUCACGAGUCCCGUAGCAAACAAGUCGUAGAUAAGAGCACGAGAACAACCCUCCCGUGGGCAGGAUUUACUCCCAACCUCUCAGCGUGACAGUGUGUAUUUCUUUCCACGGGACCGUGGGUCACACUGCUCUGUCACCGGAUCGACUGUACUUAGUUUGCGGACACAAAACUCCACUUUUUAAUUAACUGACGCGGAUGGGAAAUGAUGAUGGCCUCUCAGUCAACAUCAAAAGCAGGAUCGGCUACGCCGUCUGACUCGACACUCUCCUGUCGGGGCGGCAUCGAGACCUUGAACUUGAAGGUGGGGCCGGUGCGGCGGAACCUCUUUGGGCCCGUGGACCACCAGCAGCUGCAGCAGGACUUCCAGAAAUUGCUCUGCAUGAGUGUGGAGGUGGCCAACAACCGGUGGAACUUUGAUUUCCAUACUGACAUGCCGGGAGAAGGUUCAAAUAUCGAGUGGGAAGAGCUUCAGAGCCAGAAUGUGCCGGCAUUCUACCGAAGCUGCAUGGUUAGGCCUGUGGUGCGGCCUGUGGUGCGGCCUGUGGUGCGGCCUGGGCUCAGGGCGAAGAAAAGCAUUAGGUGGACGUCGUCUUCAUCAGGCGAGGCUUCUCCAAUGUCCAGCAGCUCUUCUGGAUCUGGGUCUGGGGACGAGUACGUGGAGGUGGCCACUAGGGGGUGCUUCACGCUGAGACAGCCAGGGAAACGCAGACAGUCUGCCAUCACAGAUUUCUUCAAAGUGAAGAAGACGAAGCUUCUGCAUAACAAAUCGUCUUCAUCUUCCCGACAGUAGAAAAGUGCAAGACCUCGUGGAGGAUCAGUGGUUUCCACCCCCUCCACAUCACCUCACAUUGAUAUGUGUCAUAGCAUAUGUAUAUAUGUAGCAAUUUGUAACUGACUGUCCACAAGCUCAUACAGCAUGGGCUUGAAAAAAUCCUCCAACACCAUAUACCUUAAAUGUCCAGCACAAGAAAGCUACACUUUGUAGCUUAACAAGCUCAGACUCUACAAAAUGUUUUUUGUGGUUAAUUAUAUUAUCUAUACUGUAUAUAUUCUACAUACUGUUUUACUCAGAUGAUUAUACUGUGAAAUCAUUUUAAAUGCACUCUAUCAGGAAAUAACGGAAAACUCAAGUCUGGGAUAGUAUUUGAGCUCAAUACCACCCCCCCCAAGUUGGGCCUGAGGUCAAAACCUCAAACAUGGUUCUGGCAGUGCGACUGUGAUUAGUGCCAGGUUAAAGGUCAACGGUGGAGGUUUGCUGAUGAGGCAAUACAGUCAUACCUCUGCAAUAGUGACUACAUUUCUGAGUAAUAAUAGUAUAUGUUCAAGAUGUGACUGUUUAUUUAUUAUUCACGGUGCUAGCUCAUCGUCUAAAAAAAAAAAAAAGAAAAAAAAAGAAAAAGGUAAGAUAAGGUGUUUGCGGUAACCUGUGCCGCAGGCCCCAAUUUAUGCCUAAGACUUAAAGUCAAUGUGGCUCACACACUCCACCGUUGCCACUUAAAUUUAAAGGCCAUAAAUAAUAUUUUUACACCACCACACAGUGCCAAACUUGAUUUCCCUUUUUUUUUGUAUCAUUUGCAUAAUGGGGUUGUAAAAAUGUAUUUUUUGGCAGCAGACUAGAACAUGCCUUAUUCAGUUUUGUUUUUCAGCUUUAUGUUUUUAAAAAAAAUUUUUUUUAUCAGUGUAGCAUUUUUGCCUGUAGGUUUUGAAUGCGUCUCUAUUCUCCAUGAAGGGAAUGUAGCGUUUAUCUCAUGCUGUUGCAGCUUGAAGCACUCAAAGUGUUUGGUUCUGCUUUCGGCUAUUUUUGUUUCUACAAGCAGUUGAUCUGCAUCACAUUUUCUCUUUCUCCUUUUUCUAGCGUCGUGUCUGUACACACGGCGUCUGUGAAUGAAAGUGUCACUGUGGUUUUGUUUUGAGGUUUUCACCCGUUGUACAAGUUGUGGCAGCUGAGGCAGUUGAACCAAAGAGAAAUUGCUAUGCCCGUUCACUCAGAAACAUAUCAUUUGCCCAAGUGGCAUGCGUGGACGCACUCAAACAUCAGGAUUUUACAAAAAAAAAGAUGUUUUCAAAACAUAUAUUACUCUGGCCCCUGACUGUUUGGUCAAUAGAGGGUGCUGACUUUUCUCUCUCUACCUACAAUCAUUAUAGUCUGUAUUUGAAUAAAGCCAUAGCCCUAAUUAAUCUACCCCAUACUACUACCUCAUUAUGUGAUUUAGUGACUCAGACAAGGCUCUUUAAAAAAAGAAAUAAACAAACAAAAACCGA